GCGGGGCGGGCGGCGCCCUGCAGCGGGAGCCCGUGUACAACUGGCAGGCCACCAAGCCCACCGUGCAGGAGCGCUUCGCCUUCCUCUUCAACAACGAGGUGCUCAGCGACGUGCACUUCCUGGUGGGCAAGGGCCGCGGCUCGCAGCGCAUCCCGGCCCACAGGUUUGUGUUGGCUGUGGGCAGUGCGGUCUUCGAUGCAAUGUUUAAUGGUGGAAUGGCCACAACUUCUACAGAGAUUGAACUGCCUGAUGUGGAGCCUGCGGCCUUCCUAGCUUUGCUAAAAUUUCUUUAUUCGGACGAGGUUCAGAUUGGCCCAGAGACUGUUAUGACAACACUUUACACAGCUAAAAAAUACGCUGUCCCUGCACUUGAAGCCCACUGCGUGGAGUUCCUAAAGAAAAACCUCCGAGCAGACAACGCAUUCAUGCUCUUAACCCAGGCAAGACUCUUUGAUGAACCUCAGCUGGCCAGCUUGUGCCUAGAGAACAUAGACAAGAACACAUCAGAUGCCAUCAAUGCUGAAGGGUUCACAGACAUUGAUUUAGACACCCUGGUUGCGGUGCUGGAGCGGGAUACCUUGGGGAUUCGGGAGGUUCGUUUGUUUAAUGCAGUGGUUCGCUGGUCGGAGGCAGAAUGUCAGCGGCAGCAACUUCAGGUGAUUCCAGAGAACAAGCGGAAAGUACUGGGCAAAGCGCUUUCUCUUAUUCGCUUCCCAUUGAUGACUAUUGAGGAGUUUGCAGCAGGGCCUGCCCAGUCGGGAAUUCUGACUGACCGGGAAGUGGUUAGCCUGUUUCUCCACUUCACUGUCAAUCCAAAACCCCGAGUGGAGUUCAUUGACAGACCACGCUGCUGCCUGAGAGGGAAGGAGUGCAGCAUCAACCGUUUCCAGCAGGUGGAGAGCCGCUGGGGGUACAGUGGGACUAGCGACAGGAUCAGGUUCUCAGUAAACAAAAGGAUAUUUGUAGUUGGGUUUGGACUGUAUGGAUCAAUACAUGGGCCGACAGACUAUCAAGUAAAUAUACAGAUCAUCCACACAGACAGCAAUACAGUGCUGGGUCAGAAUGAUACUGGCUUCAGCUGUGAUGGAUCGUCCAGCACUUUCCGGGUCAUGUUUAAAGAGCCUGUUGAGAUUUUACCCAAUGUCAGCUAUACAGCAUGUGCGACACUAAAGGGUCCAGAUUCUCACUAUGGAACCAAAGGACUGCGCAAAGUGAUCCAUGAAUCACCAACAACAGGAGCCAAAACCUGCUUUACUUUCUGUUACGCGGCUGGGAAUAACAACGGCACUUCUGUGGAGGAUGGACAGAUCCCAGAGAUUAUCUUCUAUACAUAGUGCAGCUGUUGGAAUCAGGUGUGCUGGGUGAACGUUUGUCCCCCCCUCGCCCCAAUGCCUUCCCAAAUGAAAUUGCUGGCUGAGGUCAACCGUGCCAGUGGGAGCCACGCUAGCCAAAGGUCUCACUAAAAUAAUUGUAAGGCUCAUUUUGCUUUGUUCUAGUGAUGCUGCUGCUACCACCACCAUAUACAGACUAACUGGUUUACUGGUGUCAUUUGUAGGUUGCCUGUGGCUAGUAACGCUUCAUUUUACCGAAAACCGUCUAAUUUCGUGGUUUCUUUUAUUGUAAUGAAUGUAGAUGCUUUUACAUCAGUUGGAAGCAUGGAAACAAGUGGCUCUGAUUGUGGUUAAAUUCUCCACUAGGUGACAAUUCUGCAAAAAGAAAAUUCCUAUUGAGGGUCAUAUUGACUUUCUUCUUCCUCGGCCUUACUUGGGAUUGGGAUGAGGGUUGCCAGGCCGAUUCAGCAGUGCUGCCAAAAUGGGCAGGUUUCUUUGAGAGAGGUUUCACGAGAACAUGCCUGCCAUGCUGCCAGGCUGUAUGUACCUUCGCUGUUUUCAGAAAAUUAGGGAAACUGGUGUUCAUGGAGAUUUUCCUGUUUCAGCACUACAUAUUGUGGGAGACCUCAGAAUGGACUCCCAGCUCCAGGAGAGCACCUCUGCAGAGACAGACCAGCGUUUUCAUGUGGGCGUUUUUGCUAAUUUGAGAUAAUCCUUUAAAUUGGACAGUUAGUGUAACCCAACAGAGUCCCCUAGUGGUUAGAUGAUCCUGUACGGAGGUGGAGAGGCCCAGUAGAUCAGUACUUAGCAGAGCACCUUUGCUACCUACAUGCAGGCUCUCCUGCUCUGUCCUGGGGGUGCUUUUUGCAACUUUUUCUGUAUCCUAUUUAAACAAAUGGGGGAUAUUAAACAUCCCCUGUGCAGUGUUUAGCAGCAGGGAAUCCAUGCUGGGAGCUGCCACCUUGGUUGCUUCUACCUGACAAUGUGCCUCACUUGGCUCCAGUGUAAAGUAUAUUGCUGCUGUCUUCAGGCAAGUUGCAACUUGACUCUUCUACUGUCUCGUUUUCUUUGCAUCACUAACAGUUCAUAUUGGGUCAGAGCUCUGAUGCAAGAGAGGAAGGGGUUUGGUGUUGACAUACAUUUCUCUGUCCUCUCACAGCUAGAGCCUGUUCAGUGGGUGUUUGGACAGAUUCUCAGAAUGAUGCUCUUACUGGAGACUUCUGGUUGACUUAAACAAAGCGUUAGCACCAGACUUCAAUGGGGAUGGUUUAAUGGCAAAAAAGCUGCCCCCCCAUCUCUGUUCAAAACGGGUUGCCUUUCACCAUAACCAGAUGUGAUUUCAGCUAAGCAUGACGUGUUGCUUUGAUGGAAAGUAGCUGUGUGACUUUGUUUUGUAACUGCCUGAAUGGUCCCUCCCUUUCCCUGACUAGCAGAGACUAAAGGGAUUUUUACUUCCUGGUAGUCUGCAGAGGACAGUAUUUGAAAUAAAGGCUGCCUUUGUAAGCACAGGUGGCCAAAUCAUUCCAAAGUGUGUGUGUGUGGAAUUAAUUAGUGCAUGAUGGUGUCGUCUCUGAUAAGUUGAGGUUCAUUAAAAAGCUUCUCUCUCUCUUUCCACUGCAGGGCUCCCCUUGUUAACUUUGUGAUAGCAGUCCCCGAUCAAAGCAUUACAUGCUGGUCAGCCUCUACUGGAGUGGAUGAUUUGGUGCCUGUUACCAGUUGGGGAAAUAGUAUCCCAUUCUCACACCACCUCCUCCCCCCUGGGCUGCCAGAGUAACCGGGUCUAGGUUCUGUGGCUGUCUUCAUAACUUUCCACCAAGACGGCAAAAAUACCAGUGUCCCCUAGAAAUAGUCAGUGUACAUGUUAGAUACUGUUGUCAGUGUGUUACGUUCUUUAGGAAGACAUUGUGGGAUGUAUUUUGUAAGCCUGCUUCAGCGUAGGCAGUUUUAAAAACAUGGCCAGUACUAAAAAUGAUGGGUCCACUACUCAAGUUAUCGAACCUGAUUCUGUGCAAUGCAAACAGUAUUCUGAAAUGGAUAAACAGAAUGGAGAUGCUCCUUCCUCUAAGAGGGAAAUUGCCUUCUGUUAGAAUGUACAUAGCUGACCUGCCUGCUUUUCCGCUCCCAUUUUUCACCUCUUCUUGUCAAAGGUGGUGGGAAUGCCUGCAUCGGGGUUGGGGCUUCUUUGCCCAUGUAUUGCCUGAGGUGUAAACUCUUUGCUGUGAAUAUAGCACUCCCUGAGCAUUUCUGUAUAUAAGUGGUAAUAGCAGAAAUUAUUGGACCAUGAAAGAAGAGAUCUGCACACUUGGCCAUGAAAAUAGCAGGACGCAUAAGUCAUUUAGGCUCAUGAUCUUGUAACAUAGAUGAGGUUGAGGUAUAGACCUGCCUGGUGGCUUUUUCCUUUUAAGACUUGUUUUUAAUACUGCUACUGUGUCAGAGACUCCCUCCCUCCAAUCUUGCUUUCAAGCCACAGGGCAGGUUGCUUCAGCAACUGUCCUGCUGAAAAAUGUUUUUAAAAGAAAACUUAAACGCUGGAUGACAUCUGAGCAAUUUUUGUUCUUACAGCUUUACGUGGUUUGAGGCAAUUCUGGCUUUUGUAGAUGGUAUGAAUGUAAUUCAUUGUGGAACAUGCCCGUCUCCAAAAGUAUGAGAAGUUUCUAUUGUAUCAUGUCACCUCAAACAGAGUUGGCAAUGUCUAGACUUUAGUGCUAUAUUAAUGAAUGUAUCAAAUGCUCAUUCAGUGUUCACACUCUGCUUUUUGCCAGCUUUGUGAUUUGUAAAUAGGAAAUCAAUAAAGACAUUGAGGGUGUCUUUAA